CAUUUUUCUGGAGGAAUCCCGGCUGGGGCUUUGCUGCUUUACUCUGGGUUGCCUAGGAAGUAUUCUUCAUCCUUUGCUCUACAGGGUAGUGAAGAAUAUGAGUAGCUUAAAAAGUGCUUGUGGGGCAACAAAAGGGUCUUAAAAAGUAAUUUCAGAGCUGCUCUUUCCCACAUUUAUGGGUGUGUUUCAAAAGUCAUCUCUUUUAAUUAGCACUUGUGAAAGCUUCCACCUGUGUUUGGAUGUUCACGUUUAUAAUAAGUAAAAUAAAACAAGAUUUCCCCCCCCCCAAAAAAAAAUCCUCAACUUUUGAAAAGAGAAGAAAGCUCAGCGUAGCAAUCAGUAAAUGAACAGUUAAAAGAAAAGUUAUUAGGAAAAAAUGGGGUUUUCUCCUCUUUUUAAUAGGAGACUCUGGAUGCCAAGGGUGAUUUAGGACAGGUCCUAUUCCUGGCAAAAAUGCCAUAGAUGAAUGACAAUUAUUCCACAUAAUGCCUCUGGAAGAAAAACAUUUUUAUUUAACAGCUCCAUCCUAAAAUGCUGCAAAUUAUUAUCACCAUUGUUGUUUAGCUUAUUUCAGGGUAGAACCAUUUUUCUGUGAAUCUGCAGCUCUUCUACCGCUUUGAACUUUGUGGCAGCUCCAUUUUAUAGAAAUUAUAAUGUGAUUAAAUGUUCUGAUUUUGUACCCCAAAUUAAUUAGAAAUUGUAUGUUCAAGUGAUAUAUUAGAAAUAAAAUACCUGAUAAUGUAAACAAGGGAUUCUUUUCUAUCUUCCUCUUCUACAGUUGUAUUUAAAAGGCCUCAUUCUAAAAUAAUACAUAAAACAGAAAUAUAAGGCAUUGCAAAUUAUUUAAUAUACAACAUAAGACAUUUCAACCAGUGUAGAAAAAAACUCUGCUUAGUUUUGAAUUCCAGGUAUUUUUGGUAUUUGAUGGAGUAUUUUAUCAUUUUUGUUUUUAAAAAAACAUUGGCAGAAGUAUAGGAGAACUGUUUAUGUUUAGAUCAUUAUAUAAGCUUUAUAUUGUAUGCUAUAAAAUGGAAACCAACAUAAUCUGCAGAUUACUUGCCUGUUUUUGAUAUGUGUUAUAUUCUUAAGUAAAAUAUUUUUACAUUUUCAAAAACUAUACGAUCUGUUUUUUACCUGUAAAAUACAUGCUAAGCCUAAAAUCUCAAAACCUAUUUCAAUUAGAUUAGAUUCUCAAGUUAACAACAGUAAAAUACAAUAGAUGUAAUAUUGGGCUAAUCUUAAGUAAAAUACAUCCAAAUAUGUUUACAUUUAAAAAAACAACAACUAUAUUUUGACCGUUAACUGCCCAGACUCACUUAGGUGAAAUGGGCGGUAUAGAAAUGUAGUAAAUUAAUAAAAUAAAUAAAUAGACAUUGAUAAGCUUGAACAUGAAGUCUCAAAACUUAUCACAAUUAGAAUAGAUUCACAGGUAAUGAUUGGAAUCAGCGAUAUUGCAAGCAAUGCACCUGUAAAGCGCAAUGUCACCUAAGCACACCAACUUACGGCAGCAGUUGCAGCAGUUAUGGUUGCUGUCAUUAAGUGAACCAAGUUGUUAGGUGCAGUUUGCUGUUUAUGUUUGCUAUUUGUAACUUCCUACCAGCUUGUCAAAAGCCAUCAGUGAAGUUCACAAAUGGGAACCAUAUGACCAGAGAAUACCGUGCCCAUUGUAAUUGUGAGCCGGUUGCCAAGCACCUGAAUCACAGUCAUGUGACUGGGGAUGCUGACAUGGUCACAACUACGAGGAUUGGUCAUAAGUCUCAUUCAGUGCCAUUGUAACUAUACGGCUGCUGAAUGAUAGACUUGCAGCUAAAGGACUUCAAGGGAAUAUUUUCCAAGCAGAAUGUAUACCCAGCUAAAUAAUCAGCAAACAAAAAACAAUAGUUAAGAUUUGUAUAGGAAAAAAUUACAGUAAACCAAAGAAGAAAACAAUGUUAUCUAAAGUUUCUAAGUAAAACGAAUCAAAUGUAUAAUUUAUGCUCUUCAGCUUAUUUUGGAUAAUGGCAUUUCCUUCUUGUAGGCUGAGGCUGGUAGUAUGUACUUGUAUAUAGUCAACCAAUCAGCCUAUGUCAAGUUAUUAGCAAUAGUAGAACAAGCCAGAAUGAUAGAAAGAUAGGAACCAAGCUUUGCAGCACACCCAGAUUUAUAUUUAAACUAGCAACACUAUUGUACGUUAUAAUUUUAUGUGCCCACAAAUAGACAAUUUAUUGUUUGAUUGUAUCUUGAUAUGUCAGCAACCCUGUAUGGCACUCUAUGUAGAAUUAACUGCCUGGUUUAAAUACCAAACAGACAAUGAAUUAAAAAAUGUCGACACCCUUAAAUAAAUAAUAAACACUUUAUAUUUCCAAGACUUUCUAUCAUUGAUGUGAAGAAACUACUCUCAAAUGCCAAAAAAUUACAAAAAGCAAUUUCAUUGCUAAAUAUGCGAGCUACAGUUCAUGCAGUGACUUAGUUCUGUCCAUGGAUUAAACAGAAACAAAGGGUUCCAAAGCUCCUUAAUGUAAUACAUCAAUUAGUUCACCUGUGAAAAGAUAUUUUGUAAAUAGUUGCUAUCUAGAUAAUUAUGCUUUUUGCCCUCUUGUUUCACCUUUCUUCUGUCCUUAUCCAGGCAUGUGUUUUAUGUCAGUAUCAUAAUAUUCAAAAAGUGGAAAUUAGAAUCCAUGGAAGCUUAUGAUCAACAUCAAUAUUUCAAAUACAGUGCUAAUUGACAUAAAACUUUCAUAUGUUAGUAAUAUAGCUGCAAAAUAGUUGGAUUUAACAGAUUCUACCUUUCAUAAAGUAUAUUUUUUGAAAUGGGUUACUAUGCAUUAUUGACAGCCAUAUGUAUGAUUACAUUUCUAUAUAUCUUUGUAAGAGUACACUAUGGAAGUAAUUCAAAGGCAUCUUUGAUUGCAUUAACUUCUAUCUAUUUCCUCUAAAACAUACAUAUUUCUCUCUUCUUCAGAAAUUGUUCAGGAACACUACAAAUAUUAGAUGUAGAAUUGGAGAGUCCAAUUUCUUUACUUAGAUUUUUUUUUUACAAGAAAUUCUAAGUUCAGUCAGUUUACUUACGGUAACUCUGCAAGUUUAUGUGAAAAAAUGUUAAUCAUUUGAGUAGUCUAAAGAAGAAUUAAUCAGUAAAUUCAAAUUUUAUCUAAGUGUAGGUGAAAUAAGUCUAGUGAUACUACUAAUUACAAAUAAUUCUCAUCCAGUAAUGACAAGUGAAAAUUAAAUAAAACCUGCCUAUAAUCUUGGAUUUCCUAGCUUAUAAAUCUGAAAUUCAAAUAUUAUAACAAAGUUAAAUAAGGUCCCCAUAAAUUCAUUCAUUAAAUAUGAAAUAGCUGGUGAGUUUAUCGUAGUUAAAAUAUUUUUAAAAAUGCUGAAGUCAAGCACAUUGUUUAACAAAUGAUUAAAACACUAGUCCUGUAAGCUGUUUUAAUUAUUAGUCAUAAAAUAAUAGAGAGUCAUAAAGAACCUUUUUAAUCAGUGACCCAAACUAUUAGUAUUUCAUUAAUGUAUGAGAAUACUUUGUAGAUAAGCCUUUAAUUAUGCAUGGGAACUUUAUAUAAAUAGUCUGUUUAGUAUUUAUAAUUAACUUUGAGGAACUAAAUGCAACUAUCCAUGGAUUCUGAUAUCUAGGAUAACGUUGCCUGAACAUUUUCUGAUGAAAUCUAGUUGAAAAUAAAUAACAUCCAUGUUGAUGAAUGUUAAAGUAAGUAGACAUACAACUGACUUUUCAUAUGUACAACACACAUACCCACACAUCUCAAUUAUACAAGAUUGUUGUGUUUCCUCUAACUCAAAAAUUCCUAGUGUGUAUUCUAGUACAUGAUAAUAUACUCUCUACAAAAAUCAAUGCUAAAAAUAUGCACUCUUUAAAAAUAAAGAUCUAUUUGAACCCACAACAGCCAACUAUUAAAAUACGGUACCAACCUGUUCUCUUGUUAUAAUUUUUCCUUCAUUUUCCCACUCAGAUUCUGAAGUCAGGUUUUGAAAAACAGGAGGAUUUUUCAGAAGAUGGAUAAUUUUUACAUUUUUUAAAAAAAAAACACAACAGUACAGUGAACUUCUUCAGCACAUAGUGCUGCACGAUGAUGUUUUUGGAGGUGCACCGAUGUGAAGCAGCAGGAAUUUAAAAGAAAUUCAGUGGCUCCUGUUGAACCUACCAUCAACACCUGUAAAAUGGAGGUUGUGUCAGCAGAAGUGAACAGCUUGCUCCCCGAAGAGAUCAUGGACACAGGUAUAACAUUGGAGGAAGACGAGAGCAUCGAAGCUGUAAUUGUGGGGGACCCUAUUCCUAUGGAAACGGAACUGGAGGGAAUAGCAAAUGUAAGCUCCGCUGAGGAUCAUACUACUAUUGACGCACCCUCAGUCACUACGGAAUCUGUCGCAUUGCCCAGCAAUUGUGUUGGCCCCGUUACCGGCAAUGCUGCCUUCGUAAAAUCUGAUGCCAGUGUGACUCCACAACCUUCUUUUCAAAGCGGCCUCCAGAAGCUGGGCACCCAGACUCCCGUUUCUCUAUCAGGCAAUCAAAUUAUUCUUAACAAAGCAACGGACUUGAAAAUUGGUAAACAGGCCAUAAAGCAGGAAGGUCAAAAACUCAUAGUAACAACUCUGGGCAAGCCCGGACAACCAAUUGUCUUAGCGCUACCCCACAACCAGCUGUCACAGUCUCAGAAGACCACAUCGCAAUUACAAGCAAGUGACUCCAAGGUUCCAGCCCAGCAGUUCAAGGUGGUCACAAUUGGAGGAAGGUCAGAGGUGAAACCCAUCAUUGGUGUCUCUACUUUGACUCCAGGGUGCCAGCUGGUAAAUACCGCAAACCAGUCAUCCGUACUGCAGACCCAGCAAUUAAAAGCAGUGCAGAUUGCUAAGAAAACCAGGACACCAACUUCAGCUCCAAUGAUAACAAAACUCAUCAUCACAAAACCAAUCAAUAGCAAAGCAGUUACAGGGCAGACAACUCAAGUAUCACCAGUUAUUGCAGGUAGAGUUCUUACACAGACUGCUCCGGGGACACCCCCCAAAACUGUAACUAUAUCAGAAAGUGGAGUUAUUGGGACAACUAUAAGUUCUACAAUACAGGAGGCAUCAAAUAAGAUAGCAAUCUCCCCUUUGAAAUCCCCAAAUAAGCAGCUAACGGUGGUGUCAGUCGCCUCGCAGCCUCCAAGCUCCCCACAGAAAACAGUCAGUGUUCCUCUCAACGUAGCGCUGGGACAGCAGAUUCUCACAGUGCAGCAUUCAACGCCCUCUUCCCCGGGAAAAGCUGUCGCUAACAGUACAACUGCUCAGGCUGUGAAAUCUGCAGUACAGACCCUCACUGUUGGGGGAGUGGGUACUUCUCAAUUUAAGACGAUAAUUCCCUUGGCAACGGCACCCAAUGUUCAGCAAAUUCAGGUACCUGGAAGCAAAUUCCAUUAUGUCCGGCUUGUAACUGCCACAACUGCCAGUAGUACAGCACAACCAGCCAAUCAAAACCCCAGCACCAGCACUGCAACCCUGCAGCAAGCCAAACCAGUGGUGGUGAAUGCAACCCCUGUACGGAUGUCUGUUCCAAUUAUUCCAGCAACGCAGACAGUCAAACAAGUGGCCCCCAAACCAAUGAACACAACUUCGCAGAUAGUUACCACAAGCCAGCCACAACAGAGACUCAUUAUGCCUGCCACGCCACUGCCACAAAUCCAACCCAACCUCACCAACCUUCCCCCUGGCACUGUCCUGGCCCCUGCCCAUGGCACAGGAAAUGUGGGCUAUGCGUUUCUCCCAGCUCAGUAUGUCACACAGCUACAGCAGCCAUCUUGUGUCUCCAUAGCGAGCAGUACUAGUCUUAGUGGGACAUCAAGUAUCCAGACCCAAGCCCGGCUUCCAUUCAAUGGAAUAAUCUCGUCUGAAUCUGCAAAUCGUCCAAGAAAACCCUGCAAUUGUACAAAAUCACUGUGUCUUAAGCUAUACUGCGAUUGCUUUGCAAAUGGAGAGUUCUGUAACAAUUGCAACUGUACAAAUUGCUAUAACAACCUGGACCAUGAAAACGAUAGGCAAAAAGCAAUCAAGGCCUGCCUGGACAGAAAUCCUGAAGCCUUUAAACCUAAAAUAGGGAAGGGAAAGGAAGGCGAGUCGGACAGGCGACACAGCAAAGGUUGUAACUGCAAAAGGUCUGGGUGCCUCAAAAAUUAUUGCGAGUGCUAUGAGGCAAAGAUCAUGUGCUCUUCAAUUUGCAAAUGUAUUGGCUGCAAGAAUUUUGAAGAAAGCCCAGAACGGAAAACGCUGAUGCACUUGGCCGAUGCUGCUGAAGUGCGAGUCCAGCAGCAAACAGCCGCCAAGACAAAAUUGUCUUCGCAGAUUUCAGAUCUUUUAACCAGGCCAGCCCCAGUGCUGACAAGCGGAGGGGGAAGGUUGCCCUUCACGUUUGUAACAAAAGAGGUUGCUGAUGCGACAUGUGACUGUUUACUUGCACAGGCUGAACAGGCCGAGAAAGCAGGAAAAUCAAAAGCAGCAGCGGAACGGAUGAUUCUAGAGGAAUUUGGACGUUGUCUAAUGAGAAUCAUUAACUCGGCAGGAAAGUCCAAAAGUGAUCCUUGUGCCAUGAACUGCUGAUUCUUUUUUUUUUUAAAAAAAACGGGCUUUGCUCAGACUGGGACACUAAAAGGCACACGGACACUUUCCUGGUUCACAGCAGCAUUCUUUGUUUGUUCACCAGUGCUGUGAAGUUUCCAUUGGUGUAUGUUAAUAUAGGAACUUUGCAAUGAGGCUUUUACCCUUUUAACUUAACUUUCUUUUGCUUCACAGAUACAAGAUGAGUUUUAUCCUCAACCUCUAAACAACACGGGACAGCGAGUGCAAAGUUUAGAUGGUUUCCUUCCCUUUGUUCUCUUUAAAAGGGUAUUCUAGAAGCAAUUCUUUAAAUUAUUAUUAUUUGCAAUUGAUACAGUUGACUUUUGUAUUUAGAAGAAGAAAGAAACGAGUCAGUCUAUCAGGAGCAAAUAAGUUUUUGUGCAAAACUAAUUGAAAUGUCUGGAUAUUCUUAUAAGAACAAUAUCGGUAUGCUGGAUAGAUUUUUUUCUCCAGCCAUUUCAAUCAGCAUCACAGCACAGAUUAUAUUUGCAAAAAAAUAUAGGCAGUGGUACAUCUGUGGGUGAGUUAAUGCUGACUGGAAAUUAUUAAAAAAUAAAUAUCUGCUGAAAAACAGCUUUAAAAAAUGCAAAUUUAAAAGUUACCUUGUUGACCACAAUCUAAUUUCAGUGACAGUGCCUUGUCUGUUAAUCUUAAAAUAUUAACACCCUAGCAGUAAUAGCUGCAGAUAUAUAACAUUGAUAGAAAAAAAAAUCAAGGUCAUAAUUGAUAUCUUAAUCAUUUUGGUAUGUUUUUAAAAAUACAUCACUGUAAAAUAUAUAUAUUCCAAAUUUUAAUAAGACAUUUUCACGUCUGCCUUUCAAGGGGCUCGACAUUUUAUUUGACAAAUGUCAGUGUAAUUAGAUUUUUAACAUUUCUACUAUAUGCCCUAUGACAAAAUGAGGACAAACAUGUCUCUUGUUUGUUUAGAACAUAACUAUCCGGUCAAUUAUUGAGUUUCCCAGUUUCUCCUUCAAAUACUACAGUAGACUAAUAAAAAAGAUCUUAAUUAAUUUAAUCUUAAUUUAUAUUUGUAGUCUCUAAGCUUUAUUCAUACUCAAUGGCAGGAAUAGGUGGAAAUAAAUUGAUGAUCAUGCCCACAUUUGUUAGUGGAAGCAAUACUGGGGAUAUUUCUAAACUAAGGAACACUUGGUAAUAUUUCUCCUUUAAUUAUAAAGGGGUAACCAAGAUAAUCCUUAGACUUCCCAAAUCUGGGUUGCUUCCCAAAGUCUAGACUUCAAUUCACAAAAUUCCCCAUCCCUGAGGAUUCCAGAAGCUCAUUAUGUCUGGAAGUGCUAAAAUUAGAGGCUAUGUUCAGUUGUGUAAAAUGGCCCGAUGUUCUUACUAUACUGUCUUGAGUUUCCAGAAGAAGCAAUUCUUUGGGGUCUCUUGUGUUUCUCACAUCUUUUUGCCUCCAUUCCAGAUUACACACGGUGAAAUUGCUUUUGAAAAGAGAUUUUUAAAUGGAAAGGGAAGAAGUCAGUACGUUUCCUAAUACGGUCCUCGUCCAUUGUCAGUGAAUUGCUUAGACAUAGCUCAUUUACUGCCUUUAUAAGAAUUGCAUGAAUUUUGUUUUAAAUUGCGCAUGGCACAGUGUGGAGGGUGCAUCUUUUGAAGGCUGAGGUGUCUUUUUUUUUAAAAAAAAAAUCUGUAUGAUUUACAGAGUUCAGUAGCAUGAACAAGUUGGCCACUCUGUAAUGAUGAUAGACUUUGUGCUCCCUUAUGUCCGUGAGCCUUCAUGCAUCGACUUCUGCCUGUCGGGUUAUGGUUGAAGUGGAUAAGAUGGUUGAAGAAGGUAAGACAGUGGAAGUCUCUAGAGCCACAUCUGCUUCUGCAGAAAAUUGGAUCCAUCGUAUGAAAAUGCACAUUUCAGCUGGAGAGGGAGGGGAAGGUAUUACUGAGGGGGUGAAACUUUUUUUCUUCAGCCAAGGGCAAGCAUUAGUCCCAGUAAGUAUUCAGCCGAGAUGUUCUUUUUAGCAGUGUUCAAACCAAUUUCAAGCUGUGUGCAUUCUUUUUGUUAUUCAGUCGGCUUAGUUUAUAUUUUAAAAGUAUAUUUUAGAAGCAUAGGACAAAAACCUAAAAGAUUUCCUUGGGAAAGAGAAAAAAGAGUGGAAUAACAUUAUUUGAAUGGAACCGCUUAGGGGGAAAGAGAACCUUUGCGAUAAAAACAAACAAACUAUUAAAAUGUGAAACACAACUGCAUGGUUCUGUAGUGAAGAAAUUGUUCGAUGAGUUUACGAAUAUCUAAGUUCCAUGUUUGAAUUAGCAAGCACCUGCUAGAUAAUGUAGCCUGCUCUGUAAUUAUAGUGCUGCAUUUUUUUUUUCUCAAAAUGGAUGUUUUCUCCAUAUAAUUGUGGGUGUGUGUAUAGAUAUAUGUACACGCAAACCCACGUUCUAUUGUAUUACAAUAUGUAUGUACAUAGCAAACUUGCUUAAAUUACAUACAACCCUGAAAGGGAAGCUGUUUAUUUCAAUAUAAUUAUUUUACAAAUAGAAUUAUUUUUGGGCGGGCAAGAGUUUGUUAAUUUUCUGAGUAGAUGAAGACUUGCCUUUUUACUAAUUUCAUAAAUCUCCAUACAAUAAGAUUUGUAUAAAUGUAAACUAGUGUGAGUAAAGCUCGAUCAAGUUAUUUUUCAAACAUGCGUUGCUUUGUCUAGAAUUGCAUUCGUUUUAUGUUGUACAUAUUCUGUGUCUUAUUUUAACUUGCACCUUUUUUUUGUGAUGUGUAUUUAUAAGUGUGCAGAAAACCUUCUGUGAAGUUUGGAUUCUGGUUGUAGAUUAUGUAUAAUGGAAUUGUGUGUAAAAGAUUUGAAGAAGGUGCAAUCAAAGAAAACUAGUUUUUUGUCUCAAAGAACAAGCUGCCUCUUCUACAUAGCUUGGAUCUUCUCCCCUUUGAGUUUUUCUUGAUUGUUUGCAUGAAAGUGCUCACAGGUUAGUAAAAUAUACCAAGAUCUUGAUAGCAGCUUAUCAAAAUUAUGCCUGCGUUGUGAUCCUCUCUUGUCAGCUGAGAUUCUGCAGUGUUUCUUUCAAAGCCCUUAUAACAAUAAUUAGGAGCUGCUUAGCCAGAAUGCUUUUAUAUUGCAUCCCCUUAUUAGCAAAUUUUGAGAUGGGGGAGGGUAUUUGGGAAAAUUUUCUAGUUAUGGUUUACAUCCAAAAAUAGAUUAAAAUUUAUAUUACUAGACCUAUUAAAAGAAUACACUUUUCUAUAUUGUAAAAACAAAUGUCAGAUAAAAAAAUAAAAUGUUUAUACUAUUA